AUGUAUGCAAGUCCUCUGGAGAAUAAUAAGAAAAUUAUGUGGGAGGAGCUUCACAAAUUAGCCGAAGAUACUCAUGGACCGUGGCUUGUUGCAGGAGAUUUUAAUGAUAUUGCCCAUAUCGAGGAGAAAAGAGGAGGGGUGAAAGCUUCUAUGAGCAGAUGUACCAGGUUUCGUAACAGUUUGCAGAUGUGUAAGUUGACUGACCUUGAAGCUAGAGGCCCAAAAUUUACAUGGAGGGGGCCUGUUUUUCAUGGAGGCCAACGGAUUUAUGAGAAGCUUGAUAGAGCAGUCAGUAAUGAUGAGUGGAGAUUACUGUUCCCCGAAGCCUUCGUGAAAGUUCUGAUGAGAGUAGAAUUUUCAGACCAUCAUCCUAUUAUUAUUAAUCUUAAAGAGGAUAAGCAUGUGAAGUACCAUCGGCCUUUCCGUUUUGAGAAUGCUUGGCUAUUAAAUGAAACCUAUGAUAGCAUGUUGCAUGAAUCCUAG